UCGUUCAUUGCAAAACUAUUUACAUUAUAGAUCACCAAAAAAUGGCGAAAUAAAUGAAAAAUUAAUCACCUUCUCCCAUUAAAAAUAAGCAAAAUGAAAUUUCACAUCUGGUUUCCUCCAUAUUUCACUAUGUUGUCUAAAAACACGCCUGCAGACUGAUUCAGUUGGGCUUUCUGAGUGCUGCACACUAGAAAUAAUUUGUAUAAUUUGUAAUUAUGUGGGAACUGUUGCGUUUCUUCUUAAAGGGAAACUCAAUGUGGAUUUAUAUGUAGCAUAUUUUAAUACUGAUGCUCAAUUGCACAUCAAUGUUGCUGACCCCUUUCUGCCUCACAUUGCCCACUGGUCACUGGUGUUCAGCAAUACAAUCACUUCAGGACAUAUAAUAUGUAGCAUACCUAGGGCUAUGCUAAUCAUAUUUUAAUACCUUGCUCCUUUGUAAUGUUUUGGAAGCUGGACAUGACUUAUGACAUCACAUGUUUAUGAGUUCAGUCUUGACCACAGGCACUCUACCCUACCUAUUUCUCCAGCCAGCAUUGCCGCCGCCCGCCCCCCCCAAAAAAAGAAAUGUCAAGAAUUACUUUCAACAUUGAAUUGAAUUACAAACCUAAAACCUACUUCUGAGGUGUAUGACUGAGGCUAAAUUGUCAGGCUCCAGAUUUGGUUUAGGACUCAGAAAAACCUCUGCAGGAUAUUUUUUGAGAACCACUGUAUGAUUUCAUUAACAGUGACCUUGACUUCUGUUCUCCUAUCAAACCUGCCAAGCUUUUAUUUUGUAUGUAGACACAAAAAACAAGCCAAUGGAAAAUUCUAACAAUUGUGUUCUUAACUGAACUGACUCACUUGUUCUCGGUUUCACAUCACUUGCCACCUGAAGCUGACCAGUACCAGUAACAAUGUUACGCUACAAGCUCAUUCUUUUAGUUCUGAAACGUACUGAAGGGAGAACUUCAGUUUGUGUUCCAUGGUUGCUCAGUUGCUUGGAACAUCUUGGGGCAUUUGCUGUAAUCAGGUGUGACUUUCACUUCUCCUUUACGUACAUUUAUUUAUUUUUAAAUUAAGUGGGAAACCCACUGUUCUGUCUGUUGCAAAAGGUCUGCAGACGGGAAUGACAAUGUCUUUCACUGUGUUGCAUACCACCUGCCAUGUUCUGCGUGAAGGAUUUAAAUGGCUUACUGUGAUUACUUAUGAUGUGUGUUGUUUAUAUCCUGUGGCAGUGCCAAUGGAGCCUUGCUCAAGGGCCCUCAGACAUGUUACUAUUCUGCCAAAGCCACACUGGAACCCACAAUCUUUUGAUCACAGGCACUAAUGGAGAGCAGGCUGUUUGUGUUAACUUAAAAUAAAUCUGUCGGAGAAAAAAUACACUCCUUAUACAUUUAACAGCACAACAGAGUUGUGCGAUUGUUACAAGAGCGCAAAGCUGGUAGUAGUUAAUAAGCUUAGUGUCAUACCCACUCACCAGCAUAGGCUUCCACACUGUUGAUGAUGGUAAAGGCAACUUCACGUAGAGUUAAAGUUUUGUUGAGUAAAACUACAAUGCCCAUCUUUCGACGCCGGAAAUUGUUUUAUUUUCCGUCUCCUAUAUUGUACGUCAACGGAAGUGCGACUUCACGAAUAUUGCGGCAUUGCUGGUUGGUUAGUAUAGAUUUAUCGUUUAGUGAUUUGAAAUUCUUUGCCUGUUAUAUUUAUUUGUGUAUAAGUGAUAUAAGUUAAAUAUAAAGAACAGCAUAAGCUAAAAAAAAAAACAGCUGGCGCCACCACCACCGAUCACCAUGCCUGCUCUGCUGGAGAGACCCAAACUGUCUAACGCCAUGGCGAGAGCCCUCCAUAAGCACAUCAUGAGAGAGAGGGAGCGCCGGAGGCAGGAAAUGCCGCCUUUACCUGUGCCGCCUUACUGGUGCUCAUCUUCACAGGUCAUGAACCGCCCACUCCACUCUCAUUCUCUCACAGAGGAAGAAGAGGUGGACAAGAUGAUGGAGCAAAAGAUGAAAGAGGAGGAAGAAAGAAAGAGGAAAAAGGAGAUGGAGGAGCGGAUGUCCCUGGAGGAGACUAAAGAACAGAUCAUGAAGAUGGGUGGCAAGCUGCAGGGUUUACAAGAGGAGAAGCACCAGCUCUUCCUUCAGCUGAAGAAAGUGCUUCAUGAGGAAGAGAAGCGACGUAGGAAAGAGCAGAGCGACAUGCCCACUCUGACCUCUGCCAGCUACCAGACCAGCAUGCCCAUUCACUCGGGGCAGCAUCUGCUGAGCAUGCAAGGCAGUCCGGUCAGUCACGGCCGCACGGGGGCGCUGCUGGGGGAUCGUAGUAAGCAGCUGUUCCAGACGCCCGUGAUCCCGGUGCGUCAUUUCCAGGGCCAGCCGGCCUUCAGCACAGGAAGCUCUGAGCACGGCCAGUACUCAGCCAGCCAAUCGGCUCACGGGCCCUACGGCGUCAGCCAACAGCAGCACGCCUCCCCUUACGCGGCCACCCAGUCUGUGCCAGUCAGCUUUGCUAGCAGCUCGCAGCUCAGAGCUGCCCCGGCUUUCCCGACCAUGCAGUACCUGCCCCACCAGCAGCAGGGCUACCCUGUUCACAGCCACUUCACCUCUCAGACAGGGUUCAUCCCCAGCGCCAGCAUCCCCCUGCAGAAGCAGUUGGAACAUGCCAACCAGCAGUCUGGCUUCACUGAUUCGGGCACCCUGAGGCCCCUCCCCACCCAGGCCCUCCACACCGGCCCUGCUGGCCUCUUGGCUCCCGCCUCCCUCGCUGUGCAGAUCCCUCCCUCCAAGUCAGGGCUUCCGUAUGGUCACCCCCCCCAGCCCGCCUCUCCUGGGGGCUUCAGCCACGGCACCUCCCCUCAGCAAGCUCACGCGACCACGUUCCAGAGCUCCCCACAGCCCGCAUCCCGCCAUGCCUAUCUGUCACACCCACAGACAGCACCGAGGUUCUACCACCACAGCAAGUAGCCACCAGUCCAGAUGGGGCGGCCUUCCUGUCAAACGGGAUGAUGUCGCCAACAUCCUAUGGAUAGACGGCUGGAAAGAUUGGUCAGACUGUCUGCGAAUGUGUGGGAGAAGCAUCAGGAUUUGUGACUCCUCUCUGUCUUUCUACUGCAUGAUCUGCCUUUGCUAUUCUCCAUAGGUGACUCACAACCACUGUCAUAUGCUUAAAAUAUGACCUGACAUAUUACCUAGGUUUACUGCACUUGCUCAUUCCGCGGUUCGAUGGCAAUUUUCCUUAUCAAAACCAUCAAUAAAUACAUUUCAUUUGGUCA